AUGCAAACUGUUGAAGCAGAACUUUGCUUUCCACAGCUGCCUAAUUCAUCCUGCAAAAAGACUAUGCAUCAUCCCUAUGUUUCCCUGAUUAUUUAUUUUACAUUAUCUUCCAUCUCUUUACUUACGGUAUUUCUUAAUCUGCUGGUGAUCAUCUCUAUCUGCCACUUCAGGAAACUCCACAGCCCCACCAACAUCCUCCUGCUCUCUCUGGCCGUCUCAGACUGCAUGGUUGGAUUCCUCAUUUCAUUUCAAAUAGUGCUGAUAGAUGGUUGCUGGUAUCUUGGGGACAUCAUGUGUGCUAUAUAUUUUAUUUUGGACUAUAUUAUCACUACUUCCUCUAUAGGAACCAUGGUUCUUAUAUCUGUUGAUCGCUAUGUGGCAAUUUGUUACCCUCUGUACUACCCCAGCAGAGUUACGAUAGAACGAGCAAGGAUAUGUGUUUCUCUGUUUUGGAUGUGCUCAAUAAUGUAUCAUUGUGUUCUGCUUAGGGACAACCUGCAACACCCAGGCAGGUAUAAUUCCUGCUCAGGAGAGUGUCAAGUGUUUGUAGAUUAUAUCGGGGGAGUUUUUGACCUUUUGUCAUCCUUUAUUUGUCCUGUCACUGUGAUCAUUAUUCUUUAUGUGAGAGUUUUUGUAGUGGUUCUGUCUCAGGCUCGAGCUAUGAAGUCUCAGGUUGCAGCUGUCUCAAUUCAGGGUUCAGUGACCGUCACAGCUAAGAAAUCUGAAAUAAAGGCAGCCAUAAUCCUGGGAAUUGUUGUAGUUGUGUUUCUAGUUUGCACAUGUCCUUAUUUCUGUGUUUCACUCAUUUCAGAAGACGAUGCAGUCAGUGCUUCAUCUGUCACCUUCCUUAUGUUUUAUUUUAAUUCUACUCUUAACCCACUGAUCUAUGCCUUAUUUUACCCAUGGUUUAGGAAAUCUUUAAAACUAAUUCUUACAAUGCAGAUCCUGAGGCCUGGCUCACGUGACAGCAUUAUUGUGUAA